UCUGAAAUGUAUUCUGGGUAUUGAGAUCACAGGCAGGCAGAGAGAGAGCGAGAGAGCUAGAGAGAGAGAGAGAGAGAGAGAGCGGUUGAAAUAUGGCCGCAUCGUAGUCCCCCUGCAAGGAUUUUUUUUAGAAAAUAUUUAUAUGCACACUGCAUUUUCCUUUAAACCAAGAGCGGAGGUGGGUGGGGGGGAAGACAGAAAGAAGGAUCAGGCAUACAAAUGCUCAUAGAUUAAAUUAAACAGUUCUGGUGGUUUAGUGUAAUCCAGGGACGCUUGUAGAUAAGAGAGAGAAAACCUGGGCUUAACAAUUUAAACAGAGGAAAACCCCCCUUCGUCGCAAAGUGAAUUUAAUGGAUAGAAACUAUCCCACAUCUAGUUUUGGAGAUCCUUUGGGUACAGGGCAAGGAUGGAGCUACGACAGGACAACGUCAGGAGUAAAAGCCAGCCUGGUGUACGGAGGGUCCCGAGGCUCGCACCCAGAGACGGAUAUCCUGCACCGACAGGCCUACGCCACCCCCCAUCCUCUCCAAGGCUAUGCCACCAAUCACCACCCAGCAGGCCUCUCGGGCCUCUUCGAGACAGGCCUGCAUCACGCCAGCAGCACCACCCCUGACGCGUCCGUCAUGAACCUCAUCUCAGCCCUGGAGUCUCGAACACCGCAGCCCGGCCCCUCUGCAUCUUCCCUCCUCUCUCAGUUCAGGACGCCAUCUUGGCAGACAGCCAUGCACACGCCAGGACCAGCUGAACUCUUCAUUUCCGGAGCGAUCCCGGGUUCAGGAACGUUCCCGUCCUCGUCAACCCUCUCAGCCUAUCAGCACCCAGCUUCGUUCAGCGGCCGCAGCUUUCCGGUCACGUCGUCGCUCACCCUGCCGGACGCCACCUUCAGCCCCAGCUCCAACGGGCUGCUCUCGCCCCACGACCCCCUGCUGCACAUCAAGUCCUCGCAGUCCAGCGUGCCCUCGUCGCUGACCUUCGACCGGCUGGGCAGCGCCGUGCUGGGCACUGGCCUGCCCGCCCAGAGCUCGGCCUACCGCACGGCCCAGGAGUCAGCCUCCCGCCACCUCCAGUCCCAGUUCAACCUGCUGUCCUCGCCGCUGGGCCCCACCGAGCAGGCCUCGCAGCUUUACAACACCUCGGUCUUCUCUGGCUCGCCCGCCUCAGGCAUCGAGAGGGCCAUCCCCAGGCAGGACAGCGUCAUUAAGCACUACCAGCGGCCCUCCAGCGCCCAGCCCCAGCUGCCAGCCUCCCACCACUCCCUGCAGCACUACCUAAGCUGCGGCGGCAGCCAUGGCUUCCAGCAGAUGGCCCGGCACCCGGCCCUGCCCUGCAGCCCCUUGGGGGAGCCCUCGCCCGCCAGCAGCGAGGGCAGCCAGAAGGGCUCACAGGCCCGAGGUGGCGGGGAGCCCUCGCAGAGCUAUCGGCCCAUCAUCCAGUCACCCGGCUACUCCUCAGCCUCCUCUUCCUCCAAGUCUAAGAGCUACUCGUCCUCCAGGCAGGCGGGCCGCUCCACCAGCACCCCCAAGUGCCAAAGUAUCUCCUCCACAGGGCAGUCCCACCACUACUCGUCAGCAGCGCCCAAGGCCAGCUCAGUCAUCUCCAGCCAGCCUCAGGCCUACUCGCCCGGUCAGACCCAGAGCCUGCUGCCCCUGACCCAGUCGCAGAGCUACAGUGUGGCUCAGGCCCAGGCCCAGGCUCAGGCCCAGGCCCAGAGCCUGGCCUCCGUCACCCAGUCGCAGGCCUUUGCCUCCAGCCAGUCACAGGACCCCGGCAGCAAGACGCAGAGCUACUCACCGGCCCAGCUGUCGGGCCUGGCCUCGGUGGGCUCCAUCCAGAGCUACGGGGUCCAGUCAGAGCCCCACUCAGCACAGACGCAGGGCUACGUGACGGCCCACUCGCAAGGUCUUCCCGUCGCCAGCCCUUCCCUCAGCUACGCUCCGGGACACUCCCCAGCCCUGACCAGCCACGGGCCGUCCAUCGUCUACUCGUCGGCCAGCCACGUGCAGGCCCUGCCCGACUCCAGCCCCUCGCCUAUUAUCCGGCCGCUCCAGUCGCCGGGCACCGGUCGCUCCCAGGGUGUUCCCUCGCCUGGCCAGCCCCAGAAAUACCUGCCAUCAGUACUCUCACCUUCCUUCAUCCAGUCCUCGCACUCCCAGGGCUUCCAGUCGCCCCAACCCGCCAUGGAGAGGGCUGGGGCCUACGGCAAGGCCAAGCCCGACUCGGAUCUGCUGUCCUCAGAGAGGACAGAGGACGAGGACUUCCUCAUCCAGCACCUGCUAGACUCGCAGAGCCCGCCGCGCGUCUCUACCCAGAGCCUGGUCGAGUGCGAGGAGCGGGCCCCCAAAGGUCUGGUCUACGAGAUGUCCAAACCCGAGGAGCGCUACCACCUCCAGAGUGUCAUCCGCACCAGCUCCAGCCUGGACAGCCAGGUGCUCGAGAUGUCUCUGCAGGGCCUGAAGGAGAAGAAGAAGGGAGAGAGGCCCAAGGAGUACGUGGUCCGCUCAUCCGCAGAGGCCCUGGCUACCACCGUUGUCCACUACAGCCACCAGGCCAAUAGCAUCGACAGCCUGGCCCGGGACAUCAAGAAGUCGGUGGAUCACUUGCAGGGCAAGGAGCUGGCGCAGGGCCACGGCUACCUGACAGAGGGAGGUGACCCGUCGUCGCGGGGCCAUCGGCUGGAGCCCCACGCCAUGAUGCAGGGGCAGCCGGGCUCCCAGCUGAUGCUGGAUGCCUCGCCAGAGAUGCCCCUGGCCCUGCCCCACCAGGGGUCGGGCCAGCCCUCCCAGCUGCUUCCCUCGGUGCUGACCCACACCCAGAGCCAACCCCCGCCGCAGCCCCCGCCCCAGCAGCCCCCGCCGCCCCCCCAGCAGCCCCAGCCCCGCAAGGUGCCCUCUGCCAUGGAUGUCCACCUGCUCGAGUCUCAGCGGCUGCACUCGGAGGCCCCCUCUCCCCAGCUGCAGAUGCUGGAGGUCCACCUGCAUCCCCAUCCUCCACUGCUGGACUCCCGGCAGAUGCCGGCCGAGCCUCCCUCGCCUCGCCUGGCGCCCCCGCCCCCACCGCCACCCCCGCCCCCCCCUCCGGCCCCGGCCCCCAAUGCUGCCGAGGGCCUGGCCCAGCCCGAGCGGCUGCCCCCACCCCAGGAGAUGCAGGAGUUCCUGGAGCCGGAGCUGCACCUGGAGAACCACCUGUCCCAGGCCGGGGCCCCCCAGUCCCACCUGAUGGCUGAGGGGGGAGGCGAGGGCCUGCAGCUAGACCAGCCCGAGGCCCGGCAGCAAGUGGCGCCGCCUCAGCUGGAGCCCAAGGACCAGUACGGCUCGGCCAGCCCGUCCAGCGGCAAGGGGCGCUUUGUCCCACUCACCUCCAUCUGCUUCCCGGACUCCUUGCUGCAGGACGAGGAGAGGAACUUCUUCCCUGGCAUGGAGGACAUGUUCUGCCAGGCGGCGUGCGGGGGCGAGGAGUACAGCAAACACGCCGGUGAGGAGGGGAGCCAGGCCCUGGAGCGGCCGGACACCAUGAACAUGAUCCACUCCAACCAGACCUUCCCCGGCUACUGCUCCCAGGAGGGGGCCGGUGGGGGCGGAGGGGCGGGAGGGGGACAGCAGGGCGUCCACUUGGAUCUUGAGCCAGUGUCCAUGAAGCCCGAGAUGGAGCCAGCGGCCUUGACCCAGCCGAGCCAGCGGCCUGCCGGCUCUGAGUUGAAGUCGCCACUCACCACCGCCAGUUUCUGCAGCAUGAAGAACAGGAAGUUCCUCAAGACGUCGUCCUUACAUCUGCUGAAGAAGAAGGACUCGCCCCCGCAGCCUCCCAAGAAGACCUACGCCCAGGAGUACGAGUUUGAGGAUGAGGAGAAGGAGGACGUGCCGGCCGACAUCCGGCUGAACAGCCGGCGGCUCCCUGACCUCCUGCCGGACCUGAUCUCCAGCUGCCGCGGCCGGGGCAGCAUCAGCCCGGUCUCCGACAUCGACUUCUGUGCCGGCAGCCUCAACGGCGGCAAGAAGAAGCCCAAGCGGGCCUCCAAGCCCAAGGAGAAGGGGCCGCCGCGCCCCCGAGGCAGGCCCCGGAUCCGGCCCCUGGAGCCCCCGCAGGGCGUGGCUCUCGAUGGCCCCAAAAAGAGAGGGCGGGGCCGCGGCAGGGGCAAGAAGCUGGCCGAGGGCGAGAACGAGGGCUUCAAGAUGGAGAAGCAGGCGAAGCCUAGCAAGGGCAAGGUUCAAGGGUCAAAAGCCAGCGACCUUUUAUCCGUGGAUGUUCCGGAGACCCUACCGACAGAAAAUGUGCUGGAGAAUAGUCAAACCCAAGAGAAGAUCAAGAAAAAAAUAAAGGAGGUGGAGGAGAAACAGCCGGAGAUGAAAUCCGGCUUCAUGGCAUCGUUCCUGGACUUCCUGAAAUCAGGCAAGAGGCAGCAGUUGCCCGCGACGACGUCCAGCCCCCAGAAGGGGCGGCCAUCUUCAGUCAUCAACCAGCCCUCACAGGCCCCAUUUGGCCUGGCGCAGUCGAUGCUGUCAGGCCCGCUUGACGCCUCGGAGAGCGACAGCCUCAUGAGCUGCACCAGCCCCUGCAAGAGGUUCGAUGAGGAUCUGAAGAAGAAUCUGGAGACCUUGCCAUCGUUUUCCUCGGACGAGGAAGAUUCCGUCAGCAAGAACCAGGACCUACAGAAGAGCAUCACGUCUGCCAUCUCAGCACUCUACGACCCAAUGGAUCGCAAGGAAACUGACAACACAGAGAACAUUACCGCGGAGGAUAAAGAAACGAGCAGUUCACCGUCAGAAGUCUCUCAGCCGGAACAGGCCGCACCUCCAUCCCCAGACUUGCCUAAGGAGCCAGUCCCAGAGGAGGAAGCUUCACCGGCCCCCGAGUCCCCACCGCCACCGGAGGAGAAGGAGGCGCCAUCCCCCGUCAAGCUCGCCAAGCCACAAGACUCGGUGGCCAUCUGUGGAGAGACGGACGAAGAUGACGAAGAGAGCGGAGGAGAGGGAGCCAUUCGCAAGUGGGACGAGUUUGUCGUUAAAAUUGAUGACAUUAAGGAGCUGAAGGUGGCCAUGCAGAACGGGGCAGAGCCGCCCCCCAUCUGGCGUGUGCAGAAGGCUUCGCUGCAGAGGUUCGUGCCUGAGGUACGGGAAGGCAGGCGGCACUUUGCCUCCAGCACCCAGUACGUGGAGUACCCAGAUGAGGUGAAGAUUGACUACCAACGCCUCUACGUCAAGUUCCUGGAGAACACGGACAAGAGGGACUAUGUCCGGAUCUGCUCCAAGAAGCCCUGGCACCGGCCCCUGCACCUGGCCAAGAAGCAGGAGUCGGUGGCCAUCUCCGGAGAGACCGACGAGGAGGAUGAGGAGAGCGGAGGCGAAGGCGUGUUCCGGGAGCGGGAUGAGUUUGUGGUGAAAAUCGAUGACAUUAAGGCACUCAAGCUGGCGAUGCAGGCGGGGCGCGAGCCCCCUCCCGUCUGGCGCGUGCAGAAGGCCCUGCUGCAGAAGUUCACCCCCGAGAUCCGCGACGGGCAGCGGCAGUUCUGUGCAACCAGCAAGUAUCUCGGGUACUUUGGUCACGCCAAGAACGAGUACCAGCGACUCUACGUGAAGUUCCUGGAGAAUGUGAACAAGAAGGACUACGUCAGGGUGUGCUCGAAGAAACCUUGGCAUCGGCCCCAGCAGUCCCUGAGACGCCAGAACCAGGCCAAGAGCACUCCGAACCGGGUCCCGGUCGUGGUUAAACCGGAACCACCGCCGCGCCCAGCGUCCAAACCCAAACAGCGACCGUCCAAAGCCAAGGCCGAGCCCCCUCCAAAGAAGAGGAAAAAGUGGCUGAGGGAGAUGGCCUCAUCAUCGGAAUCAGACUCCACGCCCAACCAGCAAAGUGAGGAGGAACGGAUCCCCACUGGCCGAAUCCUGAACACUCGGGCAAUGAAGGAAAUGUACAAGAGCUACAUUGAGCUGCUGGUCAGUGCGGCCCUCGACCCAGCCAUGAUCGAGACCAUCGAAGCCAACAACGAUGAACUUUAUUUACCCACCAUGAAGAAGAUCGAUGGCAUCUUAACGGAACACAAGAAGCGCGUGACAAAAAGAGUUUCUCUGAGCUCGUUGCUGCAGGAAGGAUUGCAGACGUUCCCUCAGCUGGUCGUGGAAGAUUGCGACACCGAGCACAGGAACGCCCCUGCCAGCUCCGUGAAGCUAAAAGUGGCGGGCACCCCCUACAACAGGAAGACCCUCAACCAGCUCAAGAAGAAUGUACAGCGGCCGCAGGAUUUUCAAGUGGAGGCCGAGAAACUGCAGUUUUACACCUUGUUCCAUUCUCUUCAUCACUACAAGUACCAUACGUUAUUGCACUGUAAGGAGCAGACGGACACCCUGUCGGAGGUGAAUGAGGACCUGGGGCAGGAGGAGAUCGUUCAGCAGUGCAUGCGUAACAUGGUGUGGCUGGAGAAGCUCUUCGACUCUUUCUGCGAGCUCCUCACCCAGGUUCAGCAACAGUGCGCGUGACACCCCCCCCCCCCCCCGCCCAAGCACCCUUGCCCCAGCCGCCGCAGACGUGACCGCUCUCCUCUCUCGUACUCUCUCCUCCUUCCUUGCCUCUCUCUGGCGCUGUCCGGUCUACCUGCCCCUCCCCAUCACCACCUCCCCGGGGUCGGCGGGGAGGGGUGGCCACUGGUAACUGCCCGCAGUGACACCCUUUCAUCAGAUUUAAACUUCCUCAUCGUCCUUGCAAUGCUGCUGCUGGUUUUUCAGUUAGGACUGUUCAGGAGUUGUUUUUUUUAAAUUCCCCUUUAAGAAAGCUCUAUAGCUGACACUGCUUCCCCCAUCCCACCCGGUACCCGUGGGUGCCCAAGGGGGGUGGGGUGGAAUUAAUGCCCCACUGAGGCAGUGGCUGCUGCUAUGAGCCCAGUUUCACUGGCUUCAUUUCCGUUGUCACUCCUCUCUGUGCCCCCCCCCCACUCAUCCCAACCCAUAUAUUUAUAUCCUAUCUGCUAGGUCCCCAUUUUCCCCCUCCCCUGCCCAUAUCACCCCUCUGCACCCAUCCAUUUCCCAACCCUUGCUGCUUGUCACCCCUCCGUUGCCCCUCUGUCUCCCUUCCUCCCAUCAUCCCUCUUCCCUGCCCCUGUCAUCCUCUUCCCCUCCAUCACCCACCUCACUCCCACCCCUGUGACCCCCUCUCCCCUUUGCCCCUGUCUCCGUCCCACUGCCACUCUGUCUCCUACCUCUCCCCCAUCCCUGUUGCCAUUUCACUCAACCCUCCAUCACCCCUGUCUCCCUCCCAUUGAUCUGUCCCUUUCGUAGUUCCUUCCCCACUACCACUCACCCACGCCUUCCUUCUGCCAAUUGCCCUGGGGGGGGGGGGGGGCGGUCGGGUUGGGUUUCCAUUUGGUUCUCGCUGGAUGAAAGCUUGUCUGAAGGAACCGGGCGAGGCUUGAACUGUGCGAUGGGGUGGCGAGUCACAUUGAAACCCCUGUCCGCAGGGAUUCCAGACUCCCUCCCUGCUGCCUUUCCCAGCUCUCCCACGCCCCACCCAUUUUCAUUCCGGUAAUGUCACAUCCGUGUGGAGGACAGAAGGCAGCCCCUCCCUCACCAGCCCAGGCAGCGGUCUGUAGCCCAGGCUUUGGUGGGGGCUCUUUCUACCCUUCGGAAGAACCUUCAACCCAACCCAUCAGCAGAUUCAGUUCUCCAGCCGUGCAAUGGUUCCUGGGUAACUGCUGAAGAAGGGUUGGCUGCUGUGGCUGGGUCCUCUUAGUGGAUACCUUCAACUGCUGGCCUUUGAAGACUGUUCCUACUUCUCCCUGACCCCUCCCCACCCCUUCUUCCAGAGAGCUGGCUGGUCUAGGUGCUGGGUGGCCUUCCAAUCUCCUCCCCGAUCUUCACACCUGCCCCCCCCAACCCAGAAACUCGAGACUUGUCCCUGGACACUCCCGCCAUACUGUGGCGUUUCCCAACGAUUGUCCAGGAGGAGAGCUGGGGCGUAUAUUCAGUUGCCUGACCUCGGGUUGAAGAUCUCCCCAAAGCUCUUGGUGAUGUUCAUAUUUGGGACCUUUCGAGGAUUAUUCAGGUGAAUUUGAGAGGGUGUAGAGGAAAUUGAAGGGUCAUCUAUCUCCUGCAGUUCUGGCAGUGGUCAGUACCUACCAGGUUAAAGUGACUAGGCCCAGUUAAAUUUAGGGUAGGAGGUUGUAUUGAUUGUUGGAUCUGUUCCUUUCUCCCCUGUUGGAUCUGAUCUGGGAAGGUCUAAGCUCCUUCACCACACUUCACAGAAGGCUAAAACCACUGUGUUUCUAUGAAAUAACAUUAAGUUGAAAAUAAGGUUAGAAUGAUCCUGAAAUGCAGAUGCAUGUGGCUGGAGCACCCUUUCAUUCUCUGGACAUUGAGUAGCUUGAGGGACACUGCAUAUGGCUGUGGUUUUGGAGGAUAUGUGACUGGACACUGCAUAUGGCUGCCAUUCUGGAGGGUGUGACUGGACACUGUAUAUGGCUGCUGUUCUGGAGGACAUGUGACUGGACACUGCAUAUGGCUGCCGCUCUGGAGGACAUGUGAUCAGGCACUGCAUAUGGCUAACAGAAGAUAUCACUGCAAAUGUCUACAGACUUCAAGAACAAGUGACAACCGGACACAGCUGUACUCUUGGUCUGGGAGGCGGGAUGUGAAUGGAAAUUGAAAAUGGCUGCAGGCCUGGAAUAAAGUGAUUGGACACUGCAAACAGCUGUCAGUCUUGAGGGGCGACUAAUCAGACUGCCUUGUCUGAAGAUCGGAUUUCAUUGGAAAAUGGAGCCUGAACUUGAAGACUCCAACUUCAUCCCCUCUAUCAACAGUAGCCACUGUAAAAUUAUUCCCUCACCCACAACCCACCCCAAAGAGAAAUGUCCCAAAAAAAAGAAGGAAGAUAAAACGGAACAGUUUAAAAAUGAGUGCUUGCUACAAAGAGGGUGGUCUAGACGUGAUGUUUGGCCAAGACGGGUUGGACGUGGUCUAGACAUGAUGUCUGGCCAAGACGGGUUGGACGUGGGACGUUGGUGGGAUGUGGCGGGUAAGAGUGGAGAUGGCAGGGAGAGGGGAGGGAGAUACCCACAGGAAAAUAACUCUUGUGGGAGAGGCUCCAAGUUUUUUAAAAACAAUUCUUUGAGGGUCUGGUCAAGCAAAUGCUGCAUUAUAUUUUAGCCCUAAUGUGUUUUUUUUUCAGAUUUUAAUCAAAUAUUUCCAUUCCCACCCCUUGCCCUGUUAACAAAAGGAAUUAACUAUUUUAAAAAUGCAAAAAAAAACUCCACCAACUUAACGCUGGCUGAAUAUAAUUUAAUCAUUUUAUGUUAUUUAAAAAUAUCUUACAGAUUCCCUGUCUCCCUUCUGGUAAAAUGUAAGUUUUACAAAAAAAAAAAUUGGGAUCUGUCCUAUCUUGGGUGCUCGCCUGUCGUAAACGGUUUUUAGAAACAGAGGCAACUUGUCAUGUCUCCCAUGUAUAUAUAUUGUACAGAACAAAUGUCCAUGUACUAUAUUGUAUUUGAGAGAGCUAACCAAUACUUAACAGAGAAAAAAAAUCACAGAAGGUUGCUUAGUUGUGAUGUCCAGUAUGACUGGGCCUUAUUAGUACUUGGUUUAUAUAAUAUGUUCUGAGACUUGUCAAGUGUCCUAUUUUACUCGAAGGAAGACAGAUUAUGACAAAAUGGAGUGAUGCACCCCAGGGUGGAUGAGGGGAGGCUGGUGGCCUGGGGUUUAUGUGCGAUAGUAAGUCCCCAACCCCCGUGACUCACACGCAGGACAGCUAGGGAGUGGUACAAUUAUCCCUGGAUGAGAAAGGGUCAAAGAUGAUGUCAUCCCGGGGUUGCCUGUCCUGGUUCAACCUUCUGCCGUGGCGUGUGCGUGUGUGUUUGUGUCUGUCUCUGUGUGUGGAUCAUACCUGGCAGGGAGGAGAGUCCAAUCUCUCCCCGGGCUUAAGCACGAUGAGGACAUGGGGAUAUGAAGCUGGGUCUCAGAAACGAACACUCCCCAUGCGGGGGUUGAGGGGUGGGGGGGGGGGGUACCAUUGCAAAGGUUGUUUGAAUAGAACAUUCCUGGACCCACUCAGAUUCACAUUUAUUCAUCACGUGUUCCUGGAAGCAGUCAGUGAACUGCGUCAUUUGUGUCGACAGCCAACACACCCGAGGAUGUGCAAGUGUUGCCCACCACACAUUCUGGCACCAACACGACUUGCCCACAACACAGACAUUGUUUGGGACCUGAGAUAGAUUCCAAUGACAUGCUGUUUCCCAACUCUUUUGGGGGGUUUCCUUCAGUUCAACACUCUUAUCCUGGAAGUGGAAAUAGAUCAGAAUAGAAAGGUACGGCCUUCUGGAGGAAACGGUAUCUGCGGAGAUAAAACUGUUUCCAAUCAGGGGACACUUCCCCUGGAACUUCUGUUGACAUUUUAGCAGAGUUGCCAGCUCUGGCCACGCACAGUCCAGGUGGCUUCAUCCCCUGACCUUUACCCCUGAAUCCCACCUCUCAACAUGUUUCUAAUGUGUAACAGGAUAACAGGAUUCAAAGUGAAUUGACUCCAUUUCUUCCCCACACCCCUGCUCUCUUUUGGAACUUUUUUUCUUCUGCAAGAAAGUGUCCUGAAAGAUUAACCCUGAAAAAGCUGGCGAUAACUCGGGGGAGUUAGUAAUUCUGGCCUUGAACUUUUAAAACAAAAUUUCAGGAAGUGCUAGAAACACGGUGCAAGUCGAACGGCAUUUAUAGAAGGGGAGGGAAAUGGUUAACAUUUCAGGUCAUUAAACUGCAAUGGGACAGGUAAUCCUCUGUGGCCACCCCAGUCGUUUUUGGGUGUCCAUUGGUGUGCUGGGGCUUCUCUGGUGAAGAUGAAGGGAGAGGAGAGGGGGAGAAACAUCCUCAAUCAGAAGGGACUUCAUUUUCAACUUGAAAUUAUUGUUAUCCCUGUAUCUUCAUAUCCAAAGGUAUUAGAAUGUAAAGCAUAGCAUACCACACCACAGUGUAGACCCUUCGGCCCACGAUUUUGUGCAAGCCUUUUAACCUAUCCCAAGAUCAAUCUAAUCCUUCCUGCAUAGCCCUCCAUUUCUCUGUCACCCUUGUUUCUUACAUGCCCCUAAGGUACCUGCCCCUACUAUCACUCCUAGCAGGGCCUUCCACACACUCACCACUCUGUUACCUCUGACAUUUGCCCUACGCUUUCCUCCAUUCACCUUUAAGUUGUGCCUGACCCAAUCUUGCCUCUGGGCUCACUGGGAGAGAGAGGCUUGCUCCGACGCUAUUGUUUCAUUUUUUUUUCCAUACCAAAAAAAUAGUUGCAGUCAACUCCCAAUAAUGGAUUUUCCUCUGCCUGUAAAGUAAAGCUGUCCCAAAAAAAAUAUAUUGUUCUGAAUAAAACCGUCCCAGGUCCCUUGGAGUCCCAGUGAGGGGUCACCUUGAGCAUUUUCUUUUUUUGGCCUGCCUUGGGGUUUGAGGUUGUGGAGAUUGUAAAAACUGUUCUAAGUAAAUCGCUCACAAGUCCCUUGGAGUCCCAGUGAGGAGUCACCUUGGCCAAUUUUGUUGGCCCACCUUGGGUUCGGAGGUUGCCAAGUCUGUCAGGUCACCGUCUUACAUCACAGAUCGAUCAUUAACUCCCAUCAAAGCCCAGUUUUCCAGUGAUUUCCAAUUUGAUAAAAUAUUAAUUUAUAUUUAAAAAAAAGAGGAUUUGUGUUGUAAUUCCCUUUUAUGGGUGUGUGAUUGAUGGAUGAAGUGUGGAUCGGAAUUGGAGGCUCCGGGAGGGGGCUGGUGAAGGUUCGGAAGGGGCGAAGGCCUGGGAGAGAAGAGGCUGAGGCAUGUCGUAAAACUUUUCCCCACUGGGGUAGUGUGCGCAGAGAGCGAGUGUGUGGUUAGAGUUUCAUAGGACCCGAGACUUGUGGUUUGGGGACGGGCACAGGCACACUUUGAUCCAUUUUGUCAUAAGCUGCCUUCGGAGAUGCAAUGUUUUCAUCUCUCUCACUCUCUCUCUUUAUGUAAUACUUAUUAUUAACCUUUUUUAAUGAUGUGUUCUAACUGUACAAUGUUAUGGCCUGAAAGGUAUUGUUACCGUUUUCGAUUUGUGUUCUUGUAUUGAUGUUACAUAUAUUAUAUAUUUUUGAUUGUUUAACAAUGUCCUGCAAAUGUUUUUUCUUUUCCUUACUUCUCCCUCUCCCCACCCCCCUACCUCCCCUCGCAAAAUGUACAACUUGCAUUGUAUACUGUGUCCACAAUAUGAAAGAAAAACACAUUCUUCCUCUGUAUUUUGUUUUUUCCUAAAAAAAAUAGUUUAACCUCUUUCAUGUUUUAAAUGCCGAAUAAUUCC